AAUAAACGUGCAAAAUAAAAAAACACAAAUUUUCCUUUCACAACUUCUCGUGUGGCUUUUGUGCUGCCCCCAAAAAUCCAAACUUUUCCAAUUUUUAAAUGCAUUUAACAACAAUUUCUGCCUAUCAUAAUACAUUUUCAAUUGUAAAGUUAUUAAUCUCGUGAAGAAAUAAGGUUUUUGUUUAUAUUAAAUCAUGUCUCGUGUUACCCGCAACAAACAUGUCAUGAAAGAAAUGAUGGACGAUGAUUUCGAACUACCCAAAGACAAUCAACAAAUUGUCCGAGUUACUAGCAGUCGCGGUAAUAAUCUUCACGAAGUUGAAAAUGCUGAAGAUGCAGAGAAAUUUUUAGUUUCAAUGCCGACUAAAUUUCGCAAAAAUGUUUGGGUAAAACGAGGUGAUUUUGUUUUGGUGGAACCAAUCGAAGAGGGAGACAAAGUGAAGGCUGAAAUUUGUAAGGUUUUAACAUCGGAACAUGUCAAAGAAUAUACCAAAGCUGGUAUUUGGCCAAAGAAAUUCACAAAGAAACGAGAACACUCCGAAGAGCAACCAGAUGAAGAAGAUGGAGAUCGUUUUAUGGUGAGGAACUUAAAUCGACCUCAGGAGAGUGAAAGCGAGUCGGAAGAUGAAACAGAUUCUUCCGAUGAGGAUUAA